GCAGUAAGCAAUGGCAAAGUUGUGUGAAGUAAUAAGAAUUGUUGUGCUUUGCGGCUUGUUAACCGCUGCAGUAGCAUAUCCUGUAGUAGAAGAGGAGGAGCAGGAGCUAGCCGAGCUAAGCGAGUCCAUGUUUGGUUUACCAGACAGCGCCACUGGAGCUUUGUUGGCAGCGCAGAGUGCAGAAACUCUGCAGAAUCCCGAGGAGCUGGGCAAUUAUUAUGAAGGCGACAUACUUAUACCGCUGCAGCAAAAUGAAACACGCAAUGGCUUGCUGGCCAUGAGCAAACGCUGGCCUGGAGCUGUUGUACCCUAUGAGAUCAAGGGCAAGUUCAGUGCGCAGGAGCUGCAAAACAUUGAGCAUGCCUUUAAGGAAUAUCACAGCAGAACUUGUGUGCGUUUCAAGCAGCGCAGCAAUGAAAAGGAUUAUAUAUCCAUAGUAAAUGGCAAAACGGGUUGCUGGAGCAGCAUGGGCCGUAUCGGUGGACGUCAGGAGGUUAAUUUGCAAUCCCCCAACUGCCUGCGAACCUAUGGCACGCCCAUACAUGAGCUUAUGCAUGCGCUGGGAUUUAUGCACGAACAGAAUCGUCAUGAGCGCGACAGGUUUGUCCAGGUGCUCAGCGAGAAUGUAAAGCCGGAAAUGUUGGUUAACUUUGACAAGAGCAGCGCACGCAUACAAAGUGCAUUUGGCAUAGGCUAUGACUACGCCAGCGUCAUGCAUUACUCUCCAACGAGCUUCUCUAAGAAUGGUCAGCCCACAUUGAAGGCUUUGAUGAACAGCGCUGAGGCGCGUCAGAUGGGACAAAGACGUGGCUUCUCCAACAGCGAUGUGGCCAAGAUCAAUGCUAUGUACAAGUGCAAAGUAUAAAUUAUUCAUAUAUUGUCCA